AUGAAGGUGGUAACAUGCACAGCACCUACAAACAUUGCGGUGAUCAAGUACUGGGGAAAGGAUAAUGAGGAAAUAAAUACACCUAUGAACUCAUCACUUAGUGUCACACUGCACCAGGAUCAGCUGCGCACCGUAACGUCGGUGGCUGGCGGAUCGGCGCUGCAGACUACGCGACUCUGGCUAAAUGGCCAAGAGCAGCCAAUAAACAGACGUAUAGCCGUGGUGUUGCGCGAGAUGAAGCAAUUAUAUCGUCGUGUACAUGGUGAAAGCGAGAGGCAGGACGAAUUGCAUUUGCAUAUUGUAUCAACCAACUCGUUUCCAACAGCGGCAGGACUUGCAUCAUCCGCCGCGGGCUACGCGUGUCUCGUGGCGACGCUUGCCGAGUUUUAUGGUAUCUCUAAAAGCGACGAAGAGUUUCAAGGUCAGCUAUCAGCAAUCGCACGUCAGGGAUCUGGGUCUGCUUGCAGAAGUUUAGACGGUGGCUUCGUCGCUUGGCGGAAAGGAGUGCGAUCCGACGGCCACGACUCCAUCGCUACCCAAAUCGCCGAUGAGCUGCACUGGCCUGCACUCUGUGCUGUUGUGUGUGUGGUAAACGACGUUCAAAAGAGCACGAGUAGCUCUGUUGGUAUGCAGACGACAAAGGCCACCAGUUCACUGCUGACGUUUCGUGCCAAGAACUUGGUGCCAGAGCGGAUGACAAUCAUGGAAAAGGCGAUCUUAAAUCGAGACUUUGAAACUUUUGGUACUCUUACGAUGCAAGACAGUAACCAGUUUCAUGCCAUGUGCAUUGACACCACGCCACCAAUUUUCUAUCUAAAUGACGUGUCUUGUCAAUUAAUUAAUCUUGUGCACCGCUACAAUGAACAAGCCGGUCGCGUGCAGGCUGCGUACACGUUUGACGCUGGUCCAAACGCUGUGAUUUUUGUUGAAGAACAGAAUGUUCAAGAUAUUGUGUCACUUGUGCUUUAUUGCUUCCCAGCAUCACCACAGAUGAUUGUCAAGUCAUCAAUCCUUGUCGACCGCACGCUGUCUGAAACACUUCUUGCAAAAAUGGAAAAUAAAAUCGGGAGCAGCAAAGCGUGUAAACUUUCGCGUAGCCCUGAUACUGUAAAAAUGAUAUAUGUAUCACGUGUCGGCGGUGGGACACGCGUUCUGCCUAGUAACGAAGCGCUGAUUAAUGAUAUAACUGGCGAACCACUGUCACUGCACGCAUAA